CAAAAUCAAUCAUACACUACGCAAACACUUACCUACUCCACUAUUGGUGCACGUAACUGAAUAUGUGGUCCCCAACAUCGAGUGGAGCUUUCGAGUGAGUCAACCGUGAAGCUUUCAGCACAGCUGAUCGCGUCAACCAAUUGUUGUUAAAUUCAACAAAUGUUCGCGCUUCGAAUUCAGACUGUAAUUCGCCAUUCGCGUGGAACGUUGAUCGUGUAAGUUUGUUGCAAAUAAGUUAUAAUAAAUAUACCUGUACGUUUUCGAAAUCAUACGAGAUAAGUAUAAGAGUAAACGGCGCAAACGAUACGCUGACAAGUAUUAAUUCGAGUGCAGAGGUUAUUUGUGGGUUUCUUUGCAUGUGCUAGCGCGAUGUUGCGUAUGCAAUAAAGUGGUUUAAAUUGCAUUUGUUAAAUAUUAUAUAUACACAAAUAUACGAACUCAAAAUUAAUUAAAAGAUAACUACAAGAUGUCGCUGGAUGAGAAAUUCAAUGCCGCUGCUGAAAAGGCGAAAACCUUCACCAAACGUCCCACCGACGAGGAGCUGCUGAAAUUGUACGCGCUCUUUAAACAAGCCACCGUCGGUGAUAAUAACACAUCUAAGCCCGGUAUGCUUGACCUGAAAGGCAAAGCCAAAUGGGAGUUCUGGAACAAGCAAAAGGGCAAAUCACAAGAUGUCGCCAAGCAGGAGUACAUAGCAUUUGUAGAAAAAAUAUCAGCUUCAUAUCUUUAAUGUAGAUAACUUUAUUUGUAAAUAUAAAAUGGCCAAGGAAGAUUUUGAAACACUUUUUGGAAAAAUUAAAAGUCCCUAUUAUAAUAUGUAGCUGUAAAGAACAUCAUGUUUUGAAAAUUAACAAAAAAUACUGUAAUUGGGAAUAUAUAGAAGCAACGGUUUUUUAUUCGUUUAGUACAAUAUGUAAAAGAAUAUUUUAACGCUUAUUGAAAUUCGCACAAACAAUAUGGCUUUAAAAUCUUCUUCUAACUGGAUAAAUGUUGUUCACACACUUUGACUUUAUUGUAAGGAAAAAACAUUUGGAGCUAUAAUUCUAGUCUGAAAUACAUAUUAGGCCUAGUAAAAAGAAA